AUGCCAGGCAGCGAGUGGGGCUGCUUUUUGAAGGAUCGUAGCUUCACCGGCACGGAAGCGACGACCUACUUCAAGAUCCCAUGCAGCGCAACGACCCCGACGCCCACGAGCACCACCCGCAGUGGCUACUUCAAGCUGCGGGUGGUCUCCUACAACCUCUACUGGUGGAACGCCUUCGGACAGAACCCAUGGAAGGGCGAGAAGAUUCUCGCCAACAUCAGGGACAACCUCGGGGCCCACUCCAUCGGCCUGCAGGAGUGUGACUCCCCGUCCCGGAUUCAAGAGUCGACGGGCUUGGCUCAGGCCUCGAAGUUCGCUGGUGCUCAGGGUGUGAUGAUGGAUUCCUCCAAGCUGAGGGUAGUGGCAGGCACGUCAGGAUCACAGGACUUGCAGGCAACAGGAAAAUGGGGCCCCCGGCAUGUCACAUGGGUCCAGCUUGCCGACAAGGCCACUGGGAAAUCAUUCUGGCACUUCAACACCCAUUGGUGCGUGGCCAAUGGCAACGGGCGGACUUGCAACGAGGCGGUGCGCUACACAGGGGCCAAGAACAUGCUGGAUGUCAUCCGCGCAAAAGCCGGCAACUCCCCCACAGUUGUGACUGGCGACUUCAACGCCAACAUGAACGAAAAGGGCCCUCAGCACUUUCUGCAGAAUGGCUUCAGGCUGGCCAUCGUUGAGUGGGUGGAUGCCAUUUUCUAUUCGGAGCAUUGGAAGCUUGUUUCCCAGGGCAGGGGUGAUGCAGCUGAGAGUGACCAUCGCCCAGUCUUUGCGGAGCUGGAGCUACUGUAA